UCACGUUGCGUUGAGCAGAAGGCGGACUCCUCUAAAAGUCAUAACCGGUCUAACACCGUUCACGUAGCUGUAUUUAAGUCAUAUAUUUUACUUUUCUUUAAAAAAACAAACUUAUAUAAUAUUUUGUUCAACAUAGUCAAUUUAUUUUGCCUAAAAUAAAAAUAAAAAGUGUUUCCCCCGUCUUGUCGGAUCGUGAGCCGUGACGUCAUGAGGUUGGUUCGCGUUCGCCUUUCCUCACUAAAAGUUGGUGACAGCGCGAGCUCAAUGGACAGCAAUGGCCCGCGACGCAGAGGGGGCCACUUCUGCAUCGCCCCCGGAUGCAGCAAUGAGUUUUAUCGAGCCAAAGACGAAGGAAAGAGCGUCCGCUUCCACUCGUUGCCUUUUAAGCGGCAGGCGGUCCUUCGUCGUUGGCUCGCUGCGCUGCGGCGAGAGGGAAGUUCAGUCCGCCGGGGCGCGCGGGUCUGCAGCGAGCACUUCGUGAACGAGGACUACGUCGGGGAGAGUGUUGUCGAGUCCGGCGCGCUGGUGGUCCGCCCUACCAAAAAACUGAAGUCCGACGCCGCCCCCUCUGUGUUUGACUUUUCCUCUCCAAAGGUUGUGUGUUCCGCUCCUCCGACCCAGCCCGCGAGCCAAGCCGCCACCUCAGCUCCGCGCCAUAAGAAAGGGGCCCGAGGACACGCCUACCUGAGACCGGAUCUGCAGGGAUUCAACUUUCUCAUCCCUCAAAAGAAACCCACGACAAUGUCUGCAGCCAUGGAUGCACCAGCAGCGACGGCAGCCCCGGUCAUCUGCGAGGUCUGCGGAACGAUCUUUGAGACGCGGCGGGGGCUCUCCAGCCACGCCCGCCUCCACCUGCGGCAGCUCGGCGUGCCGUUGUCCGAAAGCAGCGGCGCUCCCAUCGAGCUGCUCUACCAGCUCAUCCAGGACAGAGGCGACUCCCUCCCCGAUUUCUCCUCCGUGCAGGGGCCGGCCCCGCUCAAAAGAGCCCCGCCGCAGGAGUCCAGGACGUCUUGGGCGCCGGACGACAGGAGCGGCUCCGGCAAAGCGGAGAGCCGAGUCGCGGCCGCGCCACAAAAGAUGGACCACGGGGGACCGAAAGAGUCGCCGACCUCUCUCCUCCCCUCGUCCCCCUCUGGUCUCGUGUCGGUCGAGUCCAGAACGAGUGAAGGCGGCGGCUCGUCUUCAGAGCACCAAACCAAAGCCAAACCGUUGUGGGCGCCGCUGGAAACUGACGCCCCCAUCACCUUAGCUUCAGACGCCACCAACGAGGUCCAUGUGUGCCAACUCUGUGGCUGCUGGUACGGGACGCGCAAAGGCCUCUCCGGUCACGCCCGGGCACACCUGCGCCAGAUUGGAAUCCCUGAAAGCGACAUCAAGGGCAGUCCUAUUGAUUUGCUCUACCAGAUCAUGGAGGAGGAGGACCUCAAGCCCAUCGACAGCGAGCAGCAGCAGCCGGGAGCGAGCACCUCAAACAGUCCCUCUAAAUCCUCCUCCAAGCGACCCUCCAAUCGGUGUGCUCCGCCGGCGUCCCCGGCCAGCAAGCGGCCUAAACCCCCAGUGGACUUUAUCUGUAUUCUGUGCGGGGAGAAGUUUGAGAAUCGCAAAGGCCUGGCGAUCCACGCGCGCGCUCACCUGCGUCAGAUCGGCGUGUUCGACCUCAUGGGCAAAAUCUCUGCAAUCGACACGGUUCAAGAGCUGGUCAGCAGCGGCAUGCUGGAAGCCAUUCCCCCUCCCAACGCGAACAGUGCAGCCGGCUCGUCUGCAGCCCCGUCUCCCUCGACGCCCCUCCCCCCGAGCCCCGCAACGUGCGCUCGGUCUCCCGUCAACAGGGCCCCGAAGGCGAAGAAAGGCUUCCGGCUGGCGGUGGACCCCCUCCUGAGGAAGCCUAAGCCGGAGCCCGUGGAGAUGGAGGUGUCUGUUCAACCCAAGGGAGCCGGCGCGAACAGCGACUAUCCGACGCAGAAGUCACCUGCCGCUUCAAAGCCUCUAAAUGCAGAUGUCCAAUCCCAGCCACCGACGGUCCUCUGCGAUUUCUGCGGCCAGCUGUUCGAGACCCGCAAAGCCCUGUCGUGCCACGCCCGCGCGCAUCUGCGCCAGCUCGGGCUCACCUGGUCCAUCAGAACGUCGCCGAUUGACCUGCUCAAAGAGGUCAUGAUGCGCGGCGAAGAAGGCAAGAAGCUGUCCGUGCCCACCGGGUCCUCGGCGGGCAAAGCCGCGUGGACCUCCCAAGGCUCCAGACGGUCGCUGGGCAGCCUCCCGUCGGGGGAACCGGCCGCCAACGCCUCCACGGCACCCCUCGAUUAUUCCAUGAAGGAGAAACCCUCGUCUGGCAGGAGCGGGGGCUCGCACACCGACGCGUCCUGUGAGCUGUGCGGCUUCGACUUUGAAAACCGCAAGGCCCUGGCGAGUCACGCGCGGGCGCACCUCCGACAGCUGGGCAUCGUGGAGUGGAAGGCGGACGGGGGCGCGAGCUCGCCGAUCGAGCUCCUCAGCGAGUUGAUCCGCAGGGACCCGGUGAAGGUGGCGGCCAUAACCCACCGCUAUCGCAUGGGAGACCUAUACAUCAAGAAGUCCCAGAGAGGUGCCGCGUCGCCCUCUCUGUCCACCGACUCUGAGUGCGUCGCCGGCGGCGGCGGCCUGAAGCCCGCGGCGGGCAGGGAGCACUCGGGCGUGACCGCCGGCUCGUCCAGACACUCCAACAGCAACGCGCGGGCCAUCGCGGCCCACGGCGACCUCGGCGUGCGCUCCUCACGGGGGGUCCACCCACCAAAACGUUUCGCGCCAACAGGGGAGGAGAAUCACGACGGCAAUUCCCAGCAGCCGCCGCGGUCGGGCAGCAUCCCCGCCAUGCUGCCGAAGCCCCCGCUCACACCUCUGGUCAAGCUGGUGGGGAAAGUCUACUCCCUCAAGUGCAGGUUCUGCGAGGAAGUGUUCCACGGACCUCUGUCGGUUCAGGAGCGAUGGAUCGCACACCUGCAGAAACACAUCCUGUCGCUGGGCUACAAAGGCAAAGCGUCUCCUCCGGCCGCGGCGCCGGCGCUCGUCCAGCCGGCCGCGGCGCCGGCGCUCGUCCAGCCGGUCGCUGUCUAGUCCACCAAGUCUCCCAAGAUUAAUAACGUGUUAGGAAGAAGAAAAAAAGAAGUGCACAUGUUAUGUUCCUUUUCUGUCCUCUAGAGGGCGAGCAUGAGCCAUGUGAGGAAAGCGGCCGAGCGUAAUCCACUCAGGUAAACAUCCACUGAAUACAAGAGAUCACACUGAUUCAUCCCUCAUUUCGAUGUCCGGCGCUUUCCUCCUCCUGCUCACUUCCUACUAUUAUGUAUAGACGUGUGUUUCAGUGCGAUGUAUUCAAUAGUUGUCAUAAUUUAAUGUCAGACACUGAAAGAACGUUCCGGGUCUGAGAUUCUUCUCAUUUGUUUUUCUUUUCUUUCCCCUGCUGAGUAGACUGGUGUGUUCGUCCAUGAUCUUUUAUAUGCUUUGAAAUUGAGUCUUAUAUUAUAUACAUUUAUUGGUCAGGGUUUUUUACCGUAAAUCUGGAUGGAUUCUUCUUUUUUUUUUUAAAUGGAAAUGUUUUGGAAAAUAACAAAAUCAUGUAAUUGAUGACGACUUGGUGGAAGAAAAAAAUGUAAUCAGGAAUGAAAUCAAAGCCUCAACCGUCUUGACCAUAGAGACAUUGUUUCUCUUUUUGACACUUUCUUCAGGUAAAACUGCAAAUACUGUGUUUGUUUUUCUGGUCUUUUACAUAUGUUUUUUAAUACUUAUAUUAAUUAAAUUGUGUCUUGUAUAUAAAAUAGUGCUGGAUGAACAAGUUUGAUCGAUUAAUCGCCUGAUUUUUCUGUGAUUAAUCGCAUCAUGUGAAUUUAUGAAUUAAAAACUAGUGUAUUGCA